CUUUCAGUAAACUUUGUCGAACUUUGUAGACUAUAUUAAACGAUGUGUCAGAUGCUGCGUCGUGGUUAGUGUCUACAAUAAGUUGCAAUAUCGAUUAAUUAGUGCCUAUACUUUCUCCUUUGCUCAGUCAAACUGGAAGGUGCUCUUGAACGCGGUGGUAUAUAUUUCUCAAUGGACGUCCUAUGUAUCUAGCUUCGCAAGAGCAGCGUUUCACUAGCUAUUCAGUAAAUAAAUGAGAAGUGAUACAAUUGUAAUUUGUGAUUGUGAAGAAAAAUGUGAACAUUGCAGUAGUCAUCACACGACUCCACAGAUUCGUGCAGUCUCACCAAAUCCAGCUGAACUAAUUCGUCCAAUUUAUCAUCACGUUUCGGAAUUUUGUUAUGAUUUUGACUCAGAGGGUAUACUUCGUCACAUUCAUACAGGAGAAACAUUCUCCGUUAAAAUGACUCCAAUGGGUCCUUUAUUAAAGAGACAAGAGAUAAUUCGUGCGAUUUGCACACGUCUUGUUCGCCAGAAAUUGUUCAGCUUAAAUAUGGAGUCAAGUCAAAUACCAAUUCCUGGACAUCCAACAAAAUGUAUGCGAGUUUUACACUCAGCAAACUUUUUCACUCACAGAGGGCCUAUAAUUGUCCUACUUCAAGGUGGAGGUGUUGCUCAAGCGGGUGUAUGGUCUCCACGACUUCUACUACAUCCAGAACAUGGUCUUCGAUCUGGCAGUCAGAUACCUUUAGUACAAAAGGCACAUUCACUUGGUUAUGCUAUCGCUAUUAUCAAUGCUAAUGAACAUGUACCAAGUGAAGCUGAAAUGGACGCGAUGGAAUCAUUUUCUAGUAGUAGUACUUGUCAACCUGUAAUUGAUAUUACAAAUUGUAUGAACAAUAAUAAUAAUGUUGUAAAUGUUCAGUGUAAAUCUGCUGUCAAUGAAAAGUCCAGUUCAUGUAUAUCGAAUCUACCUGCUUGCUUAACUCUAUCCGAUACUUCAAUUGGACUAUUGCCAACAACUAUCAUUGAGAGUAAUUGUGAUCAAUUAUCGGCUCACUUUGAUCAUGCAAAUCCUACAUUCAUUUCAACUUAUGAAUCAUCGUCCAAUUGGCAAGAAUUACAACCGGAGGAUAGACCAUUAUUAUUUCAACCGAAUUCAACACCGUCGUCACCAUUAUCACCGUCAUCAUCAUCGGCUCUCUCCUGGCUAUUAACUGGACCGAAUUCGACUGCCAAUGAUUUGAAUGUACAGAAUGCCUCUGUAUUCAGUGCAAUGCCUAAUUCUAACAUCACAUCAGAAUCCACAUCGAUUACAACAACAACAACAACAGCAACAACUUCUGAUUUGUCAAGUAGUCAUGCCAAAUGUGUGUGCACUAACAACACACCUUCCUCCCCGUCUUCGUCUACUUCGGCCUCGUCUUCUUCUUCUACUGUGACAUCGGUGUCUUUAAAAGCCAAUCACAUAGUGAACAACAACAACAACAAGGAAUUACAGUCGUCGCAAAUGAAUACAUUUCCAGGUCUAUCUGCUCAAAAUCCUGCAAGAAACGCAAUACCGGUCGCAUAUAAUGCAGAUAUUGAUUCAUCAUAUAAAACAACUGCUGCAUUGAAUCCACCUAUCUGUCAACGGCGUACAGACGGUCACUCUUCCACUUCCACUACUUGUAUGAAUCCAGUGAUGAUUAAUAAUAUUUCAACUGCUGCUGUUCCACUACUUCAAGAAGCUAACGGUAAUCAUCUUCCAUUUCCUGGCUCUACUGGUACUUGUGCUUGCGCUUCGUCGUCAUCGUCAAUUGAUGCAACAGCAGCAGCACCGCCAAUCAUCAAUUCAGAUGAAAGUGAUACUACUGAGAAUAAUAAUCAACAUCCUGGAAGCAGUGAAUUUGAUAUGUUGGAUGUUUCCUUAGAAGAUCGUUUAUACGGUAUGUGGCGUCAUAUUAUCCCACAUUGUAAAUCGAAUAAAAUAUUUAUAUGGGCUCAUCAAUUAGCCGCCGAUGCUUUUAUUCAUCCCUUCAAACCAAUGCCUGGUCUAUUUGAUGAAUCAUCUCCGUCACCAUCAUCAUCAACGUCAUCAUCACCAUCAUCAUCGAGCGUUUCUGUUGAUUCAUACGACGAAACAUCUACUAUGGUUAACAAUAAUCAUACUGAUGAUAAUACAAGUAGACAAGUCCAAUCGACUUCAUUUUCUGCUUCUUGUCCACAUAAUAUCCCAAUGAAUUCUGAUACUUCGCAUGACUUACAGAAUGUUAACAGUAUUAAAGUUCGGUGUAAUACUGACUUCCACCAUUUGAGCGGGAAAUUGGAAUCUACAGUUUCUAAUUCAAAAACUUUGAAGUCUACAGUUUCAUUGGCUGAAGAUGAUGAUUCCCCGGCAGGUGUUAAAAGACCUCGUUUGUUCAAUGAAUUAUCAGAAAAUGGCAAUUCCAAUUUUCCGUCGAACAUUCCUGUUGAUGAUAAACCAAUCAGGAGUAAUUAUUCCACCAAUAUUGUUGUGGGUGGUGGUUACAUGAACAGUAGCAGUAGUAGUAGUAGUAGUAAUAAUAACAAAUGUAAUAUACGUUUUACACGAAAACUUUAUUUAUCUGCUGGGCCUGUACUGACGAAUCUGCAUAGAAAUGAUGAAAAUUCUACAAGUAAAGCUUCAAGCUCUGUAGAAACAGGUUUGAACAUCAACACUUCAUCAACACUUGCCAGGAAUAAAUCUCCCCAGUCGAUGAAAAGCAGUCAAACUAAGAGUGUGACACCCGCAGCAGCAGGAGCAGCAUCUGAUGGUGGUGAUGCUAAAGAGAAUCAUUCAGAAGAUUCCACUGGAUGCCUGUGGCGAGACCGACGUAUUUAUGGACCAUGGCGGCAUCAUGUUACACCGCAAGCUGCAAGACGAGCACUUUACGUACCAAUCCUUCUUCCCCCUCGUCCCCCUACUACUUCUACUAAUAAUAGUAGUGAUCCAUGGUCGUAUAAAACCUCAGUUGAGGUGAAAAAACCUAUUAGGAAUAAAUCACCUCUUGUACAGUUACCAGCUCCCAGUGGGAGUAUCUCCGAUGCAAAACAUUUCGCUGAAAAUGGUGGUGUUAUUUCUCAAGAUGUUGGAAUAUGGUCCACUUCCAGUAUAGACGAUAAUGAUGAUGAUGAUAAUGCAAGUGAACUAUUCCGGAUACGUUUAGCCAGAGCAUGGCAACGUAAAGCACGGAGACUGUGGUGUGAAUUAAGAAUUCGUACUAAAGCUGUUGUAUUCACGGAUGCAUCAUGUGCUUUAGAUAUAUCAAGAGAAGGUAUUGGUUGGGGAUUGCAUCUACUAGAAGAAGAAAGUCUUCUUGAUGAAAUUCCAGUGAUAUGUAGAUCUUCGGUGUAUCAAGGAAAGUUACCAGAGAGAGUUAGUCAAUUCAGACGAUGGUUAUCUGAGACUACAGUGAACUUUGUAGCAGCGGAUGUUGAGUUAGGCACUCAAUUGAAUCCAGAAAAUGAUAAUUAUGAUGGUGGUGAUGAUAAUGAACCAAAGUAUGCAAUUCCAAAACUGUCCUCUGGUACAACUGAUAGUGAUCUGAUUCCUGCCACCGUAUUAGACCAUGUGUUCAACUUUUUCCAAUCCAAGCUAGAAGCGCCCCCUUCAUGGUGGUAAUGAAUCGUUGGCAUGAACAUUGAAGAUACCACUUCAUCGGGUGUCUGAAUCCUGUAAAUUAACUAAAUCUCUUCCAGAAUUUCACUUUUAUGCGUUUAUCCAUGUUUGUUUUUAUAAAUAAAUAAGUUCCUCAUCAA